AUGAGCUUGUCGAGUGAAAAGAAAAAAGAAGAAAUACCCAUUAAGGCAGAAAACGUGACAAGUGAUCAAAUCCUUUUAAAUGAACAAACGAAAAUGAAUGAUGAUCAUAAUGAUAAUGGUGGAGAUGCCUGCUUAAUUAAUGGGACAAAUGAAAAUUCGAAUGAGGGAAAUUACGUUCUAAGUAUAAACGGAAAAGGUGCAAGUGUAAAUACGAAUGAUUCAGUGGUGUUAAAUAAUGACGUAAAUGAAAAUAUGGAUGAUGGAAAAAGUCGGAACAGCAUUAUAACAUCCAUUAAACGUGAUGAUGAUAAAACAGUCAAGUAUAGUAAGAAUCAUUCUGAUGAGUCAAGCUCAAAAUAUGAAGAGAAAUUACAAAGAAGCGAAAUUAAACCAGAAGAACAACGUAGCAGUAGUAGUGAUGCUUUUUUUGAAAAUGUAAAUGAAGGUUGUCUAGGAGAAGCACAAAAUACGGAUAAUGAUGAUAAUAUGAAUGGAAAGAAAUAUAAUGGUAACAAUAUUAUUGAUCAUAAUACUGAAAAAGAAAAUAUAAAAAUAGUGUAUGUACAGAGAGAGAGUAAUGAUAUGGACGAAGAUACUACUAACAGUAGCUUGAAUAUUGAUAUCAAUGAUAUUGAUAAGGAUGGUCGUAAAUAUGGCUCAAACAAUGUAUGUGAUGAUCAAUAUGUUCACAAGAAAAGUGUUAUUACAAAUAACACACAGGAGAAUGAUGAUUAUAAUAACAGUACUAAGGACCAAAGUACUGAUGAAAAAUAUUUUGUAGAGAAUACUGUUGUUAAUGAAGAAAUGGUUCAAGAAAUAAAUGAGUGCAAUAAUCAUAGUGAUGAUGCUAGUAAUUUAAAAACACAUAAAGGGGAAAUAGAUAACCGAAUAAAAAGAAAAAUGCAUACUUUAAAACAAAAUGAGGAGAAGAAAAAAAAGAAAAAAGAUGUAAAUAAUACUACCUUACAUAUUUCAUCCGGUUCUUCGGAAAAUCCUGAUAUUAACGCAAAGGAAAAAAGUAGCGAAAAUGGUGCCACUAUAACUUAUGACAAAAAAAACAAAGAAGCGAAGGAAAAACAAAAAAGGAAUCACAUGAAAGAGGAUCAUUUUGUGUGCGCAGACGAGGUGAGUAGUAGUGUUGUGAGUACACAUGUGGAAUGUGCGUGCAUGAGAUGUGUUCGUAAUGUGCGUAGUUUCUAUGCCCUAAAAGGAUACCCGCGAAUAUUCGUGACAAGACUUCCGUUCGAGGCGGGUAAAAAAGAUUUAGAAAAGUACUUUUCGAAAUAUGGGAAGAUUAUAGAUAUAUAUGUUUCCAAAAAUUUAUCGAACAAUAAAAACAAAGGAUUCGGCUUCGUUUCUUUUGAGAAACAAGGAUCGAUGGAUAAAGUACUAAAGGACAAAUUGCAUAUACUAUGUGGAAAGGAAAUUGUUGUUGACAUUGCUUCGACGAGGGAUAACAAAGCUAGGCACCUCUUCCAUCUUCCCUCCGAACAUUACUUAGCGAAAUACCAGAAGAAUGAAAAAAAAGUUAUGACCAAAGUUCAUAAUAACAUUAUCAAUUUUAACAAGUAUCAUCAUGUAUAUAACAAGACAAAUAAUAUAAGGGAUGUAUCCAAAAAUAUGGAUAAUAAUAUGGUUAUGCAGAAUUUUUAUAAUUUAUGCCCUACGUACAAUAUUGUAGGAAACAGAAUGAAUAAUAAACAUAUUAUGAAAAAUAAUAUGCCGGUUCCAUUUUUCCCACCAUCUGGGUAUAAUGUAGAUCCUCAAUACUUUAACCAAGUACCAUAUCAGAACUGUGCUGAAUAUAUGGGGAAUAAUGACUAUUACUGGAACAUGGCUAAUUAUUAUAACUGGAAUAAUAUGCUCAUGCAUAAUGAAAAUAUGUUUAAUUCUAGUCAAGUGGAAUACCCCUACUACUUUUGCAACGGUCAAUAUGUGAAUCAAAACCCAAUGACCAAGAAUAAAAUUAGCCGAAAGAACAAUAUCAUUGAAGAAAGUAAAUUAAAGUAUCCCCCAAAUUUGUCGACCAACGUAAAUUACAGAAAUAACUGUCCAUCGUUUAUACGUAAAUUACCCGGAGGUGACGAGUGGAACAAGCGAGGAUAUAAAUUAUUUGUCACAAAAUUAAACAGCGCGACAACCAUUGACACCUUAAGGAAUUACUUCGAAAAUUUUGGGGAAAUCAUCGACAUAUACAUGCCAAAUGACGUCUGCACAAAUAGACCACGCGGUAUAGCCUUUGUUACAUUUCUUGAUAAUGAUUGUGUUAAGAAAAUUUUGUCCAACAAGAAUUCGAAACAUAUAAUUGAUGGAAAAGAGGUCGUUGUAGAUUUAGCAGAUCCCGAAACGAAGAGCAAAAAAAAUUUAUGUUAUUCUUGA